ACAUCAUAGUUUAACCAGAAAGCCUGCGAUUCAAGCAGAACAGCAAUAUUCAAUAAGAUGUAAUAACAUGACUCAAACAGUUGUAUUCAUGUUCAAUCCAUGACGUGUCAAUAUUUCGUUACUAGGCUCCCUAUCGUCUUUAUCUAUCAUAGGAAAUUGGUUUCAUUACAAUGUAACAUGGAGCGACGUGCAAUCCUGAGCCUUUCCCAUCAAAACACACCUCUAGAAACGUCACAUGGUCAAGGCUCGAGUUUAGUUACACAGCAAGCAUAGAUAAGUGGAAUUAUGUCAGAAUAAGAGUUUUCUAAAAGGCGAGACACUCACCCAGUCCACUCACUGGCCACUACUUUGUCAAACGAUGACGUUGAAGGGAAAAUACGAACUUAAUGAUUAGUGAUGAAGUUGUAUAAUUAAGAGGAUUGGUUAAUAAAAAGUGCAUAUACUUUUAUGUAUAGAGCGUGUUUAUUUCGAAGGCUUGAUUCCUUAUUGUUGCUGGUUUCACAACGUCCAUCCCGAAUAGACUAUUCUGUACCUAAUGAAGUUAGAUGGGACAAGUGGAGGUGAAAAUUGAAAAGAGAAGAAAUUUAAGCAAUGACUUAUUUCAGUCAAGACAAAUUCAAAAGGACCACGUUGUGGCAAGUGUUUGGUUUUGGUUAUUUCUUCGGACUAAAGGAUUUUUUAAAAAUAUAAAUAAGUAGCGAUAUGGAGUAAAAGUCCGCCAUAUUCAUCACCACGCCCGAAGUUCAACUAUUGGAGGCCUACCUCCUCGACCCAAAAGUAAGUGUUUUCAGGAGUCAUGACUUUGGGCUCCGUAGGGGCUUGUUGCCUCAGUGAAGAAGGAAAAGAGGCUCGGCGGAUUAACGACGAGAUCGAAAAGCAGCUUCGCCGGGACAAGAAAGACUCGCGCCGCGAGUUUAAGCUGUUGCUUCUCGGGACGGGUGAGAGUGGGAAGAGCACCUUCAUCAAGCAGAUGAGGAUCAUCCAUGGGGCAGGUUACUCAGAGGAAGACAAGCGAGGUUUCACAAGACUGGUCUACCAGAACAUCUUCACUGCCAUGCAGACCAUGAUCCAUGCUAUGGAGACCCUACAGAUCACGUACAAAAGUGAAGACAACCAGGGCCAUGCAAAUAUUGUCAUUGAAGUGGACGUGGAAAAGGUAACAGUGUUUACAAAUCCAUACGUCGACGCCAUUAAGAGUCUAUGGAAUGACCCCGGUAUUCAGGAAUGCUACGAUCGGAAGAGGGAAUACCAGCUCUCAGACUCUGCCAAAUACUAUCUCAAUGCACUGGACCGCAUAGCUGAGUCAUCUUAUGUGCCGACCCAGCAGGAUGUGCUCCGGGUCAGGGUCCCCACCACAGGCAUCAUAGAGUACCCGUUUGACCUCCAGAGUGUGGUCUUCAGGAUGGUGGACGUGGGGGGCCAGAGGUCUGAGAGACGGAAAUGGAUCCACUGCUUUGAGAAUGUCACCUCCAUCAUGUUCCUGGUGGCCCUCAGUGAAUACGACCAGGUCCUGGUGGAAUCUGACAAUGAGAAUCGAAUGGAGGAAAGCAAGGCAUUAUUCAGGACAAUAAUAACCUACCCAUGGUUUAAAGAUUCCUCAAUAAUACUGUUCUUGAAUAAGAUUGACUUACUGCAGGAGAAGAUACUGUUUUCUCAUCUGGUGGAUUACUUCCCUGAAUAUGAUGGACCCCAGCGGGACCCACAAGCAGGAAAAGAAUUUAUCUUGAAGAUGUUUGUGGAUCUGAAUCCAGAUACCGAUAAAAUUAUCUACUCCCACUUCACCUGCGCCACCGACACUGAGAACAUUCGAUUUGUCUUUGCUGCCGUCAAGGACUUUAUCCUGCAGCUGAAUCUGCAGGAGUACAACCUGGUUUAAAGACUCCAGCCGACCGCAGUUACACCAUACAGACACUUUAAUGUAAUCUGCUCCAACAGCUGCAGCCAGAGACCAGGGCCAAUGGAGUCAUUGUACAGACUGACUACUUCAGUGUCUUUCACGUCGGUGAAACCCUUCUGUCUGCAAUGGGAAUUGAAGACUGCAGCUACAGAGAAUUUCCACGACUGCAUUAUUUCAAAUGGAUUCUCACGGCACGCCACUGCAUUUUUCUUUUACGGCAUGGCUGUGGAUCAUUCCUUCUUCAGCUAAAAAUCCCAAAGGUUCUGGACACGCGUGGGAUUUUUACGCAGAUUCUUUCAUGUAGCUGCUUCUCAGGCUUCCGCCACCCCCCUUGUUCCUCUAUUUAGGCUGAAACAGAAGCAAGUCAGGCAGUCUAAAUAGCAAUAUAAUUGUCUAUUUUUUGAUAGCCAUCGCAAUAUUGGCUAAAGGGGCCGACAGACCAGGCCAUACAAAACAAGCUUGGCCAGUGUCAAACUCUGGUUACCAGUGAUGAAGUGGCUGCCCAGAGGUUGUUGGGAGGUAGCCCAGCUGUUAAAUCAUAGAGCCAGUAACUGUAGGGUGGCUGAAUCAAAUCCAUGAGCCAACAACCUGAAGAAUCUGUCUUUCAGUGCUUGGUCAAGGCAGUUAAGCCUAGCAGGGUCACCGUCAAUAAUGUCUGAUCCUACUGCACUGACCCCACUAUAAGUGUGCCUCAAGGAGAGCGGGAUAUGCAAAUGCCAUAUUUGAAAUAGGUUAAAUCUAAACAACCACUUUUUGUUAAUAAACUCUGGCAAAUUUUAACGUGCUGUCUAUGAAAUCAUCUGGUACUUGCGAGAUCAUUGCAAACUGCAGGGGAUAGACAGACAGGCAGGCAGGGAAUAGACAGACAGACAGGCAGCCAGGGGAUAGACAGACAAACAGGCAGC